AUGCAAACUUCAUGCAUAUAUAAGAUGAUCUAUAGCGAUGGCAGUUCCCUAGCUGGGUAUUCGAUGUUCGCCCUUCGGAGAGUGUACCUUGGUGCCUACGCUGCUAUUGUAUCACUGUCAUUGACUUUAUACCUUAUCCGUGUGGGUUUUGCUGUCAUUAAGGAAGUAUAUCUGCAUCAAAGAAUAGAACAAGGCUUUUUCCCUAGAUCCGAAGAUGUCCUACACAAAUAUGACAACAUAAGGCGGUUCAAUAAGAGUUUUGGUGAAUUGAAACCGGCAAGCAAUUCAUAUUUAGAUGAUUUGAUCAUUCCAGUUGAGAGAGAUUCUAUCAUUCAAGAAAGAGAGAAUGCCACAAUAUUGAUGUUAUGCCGGAAUUGGGAGAUACCAGGUGUUUUGCAAUCUAUGCGCUCAUUGGAAGAUAGGUUCAAUAGACGGUAUAAAUAUGACUGGACGUUUCUCAAUGAUGUCCCAUUCGAUGAUUACUUCAUUGAAGCCACCAGUGCUAUGGCUAGCGGUAAAACAAAGUACGGAUUGAUACCUAGUGAAGAUUGGGACCGCCCAGCUUGGAUAGAUGAAGAAUUAUUCGAGGAAAGGCUGCAGAUGCUAAAGGAAAAGAAGGUAAUAUACGGAGACUCGAAAUCGUAUCGUAAUAUGUGUCGUUUCAAUAGUGGGUUCUUUUUCAGACAAAAGCUUUUGGACCAAUAUGAUUACUAUUUUAGAGUCGAACCUGAUGUGGAAUACUUCUGCGAUUUCCCAUAUGAUCCAUUCAAAGUCAUGCGGGAGAAGAAGAAGAAAUACGGAUUUGUGAUAUCUAUCUUUGAAUAUGAGGAUACGGUAACGACAUUAUGGGAUGCUGUUGAGGAAUUCAUGGAUACUUAUCCAGAAAUUCUACAUCCUAACAACAGUCUAAGCUUUUUGACGGAUACCACGAUGGUGGGACGUUUUUUCCCUGUUGUUGAUUCGAAUACAGACUAUAAUCUAUGUCAUUUCUGGUCCAAUUUCGAAAUUGGAGAUCUAAAUUUCUUUAGAAGUGACGAGUAUCUUCAGUAUUUCAAUUACUUGGACUCCAAGGGUGGGUUUUAUUAUGAACGUUGGGGUGAUGCACCCGUGCACAGUAUAGGUGCCUCAUUACUUCUAGACAAGAAUGAAAUCCACCACUUUGAUGAAAUUGGAUACAGCCAUGUUCCAUUUGAAACAUGUCCCACGUCCAUAUCAGCACGAUUAGUGCUCCGUUGUAUGUGUGAUCCUAACGGCGAAUCUAAUAUUCCCAUCCACCCAAACAGUUGCUUGAUGAGAUGGUGGAAAAACGGUGCCGGCAAACUAUUUAUUAGAUGA